AUGUCAAGACUUAGUAUCAAGCCAUCUCUGAAGAGAAUCGAUCCAGAAGAAAAGAAAUGGUGUCCCUCAAGAAGAGAAAUGGCGUCGCUCCAGACUUAUCAAGGCAUCUCUGAGAACAAUCCAUCCAGCAGAAGUGAAAUGGCGUUGCUCAACAACCGUCACUUGAUUACUACAGACUUAUCAAGCCAUCGCUGGGGCAAAUCCAUCAAACAGAAGAGAAAUGGCGUCGCUCUAGGUGUGUUUAAUUGUUGUAUGUUGCGUUUGUCAAGGAGGAUGGUCACAGUGGUCUCCAUUUCUUGA